UUCAGAAUGAGUGAAGACUUAAGAAAGCGGCUUGAAUUCAAAAACAGAGGUGUCCGAAAUGCUGCCAUUGAAAAAAUCAAAAGCCAGAUAAUAAAAGGACUAGCAAAAGCAAAGAUUGAAGGCCUUGCCGAAGCAAAAACUAAAAAGAUUCCAGAACUUGAAUUGCUUUGGGAUCAGUGUCACAUAGAAUGCACACAUGUGAGUCAUGCAUGUUGUAGCGCCCUCACAUCACUGGUGCUUACAUCUCACCUGGAUUUGGAUGAUGUACUGCGAGGCUUCCUGAACUUGUAUCCAUCUGCAACCGAUGCCACUGGAAUUUGUAGAGGCAUAACAGACCUACUUGUCAUGCAGACAAGUGCAGUAGUUCAUGUCGUUCGAUCAAGCAAAUCAGAAUAUAGGAAUCCUUAUAAAAUCAGGUCUCAUCCUCACCCGUUGAUCACCUGUCUUAUGAGUCGUCCUAACAACUGGCCUGUCAUCCUCCAUCAAGUACAACACCUUCUAAGCUUAACAGAUAAAAGCAUUCGGCCAUACAUUAUACCUAUGUUAGAACCUUUCCUAAAGUAUCUGUUUCUGGAACCUGGGCAGUCGUUAGAAUAUGCUGGUUUGCGAGCAGCCCUCUACAACAGCCUCCUUCAACAAUGCUCUGUGGAAAGUCAAUACGAUGAGGGAGUACUCUCUCAAACAAUUAUCAACUUCUUCGUAAAAUGUAUACCUGCCUUACAGAUUUCUCUUCCACAACAUAUGGCAGAAGUUACAACAUUUAUCGGCCAGUUCACAAAUAUCUUGUUAACUAUUCAAAACGAUAAACGAAUGCUAUCCCCCAGACUGCCACUCAUAGCAUCACCUCCUGUGUCACCGUCAGUACAUGGGGACCAGCUGUCAAGGAUCGAGAAGAAAGCUACAUAUUGUCUCAGUCUUAUUCAAAAAAACCAAUCAGAAGAUAGAAAUUAUGGGAUAGAUUCAUCCAAGUGUGAAGUAAAUACUGAAAGUCAGUCUGGAAUAAGUUUAUGUCCUUCCUACGUAGACAUCAAAACAUAUACACACUUACUGUUAGUUCUCCAUGACAGCAAAAAAGCUGUACAUGAAUGGUUGUCCGUGAUUCAGUCAAAAUUGAGCUGUGCGAAAUCUGUGUCGGAGUAUGUGACGAUGGUUGUAGCAUCCCUCCUGAUGAGAAGAGAUGAGGAUCAGAUAGAUGGGUGUCUAGAGACUUUACUGGCCAUUGCUAGGUUGAAUCCCUCAAAGGCACCCAGUAUAUUAACCUUAUUACUAUACUUACUUGGAGUCGAAGAGCGACCUGCAGUUACUCUGAAAGUUGUGAAUGCUAUCCCCCAGACUGCCACUCAUAGGUACUGCAUUUCACCAGUGUUGAAGGUAAUUCAGUCGCUAGGAGCAAACACUGAUAUGUACGCUGUGUCAAUAAGGUUGCUGACAGUUUUAUGGAAACUACAGGAUCGUUGUUUUCCUCAUCUUCAAAAGAUGAUAAACCUUGAGAAACAUCAAGAAACUCAGUGCAAACCUUUCGAGUAUAAUGAAGAGUUACUGGCAAAGACAGCAUCCAUCAAAGACAUAUGCAAAACAAGACCAUUCCAACAUGGAGCUGAUCUUGUGCAUUCAUUGUCAACUAUUCUCAAUAAUUAUCCUGAGGAUCAUCAUGCUAUCCCAGCAAGCUUUGCCUUGGAGGGGCUCUGUGCUCUGUGUGAGGCUGAAGUAGUGGACAUUCGGUCUACUUGGAAUCUGCUGGCACCUAAGCUGCAACAGGAUCAAAGAACACUGGUUCAAAUACAUCUGUGCAAGUUGUUUUCUCUCAUUCCAAGCCAUGCUGUAGACACAGAUGAAUAUGAGGAGUUUAGGUCUGAUGCUGUAGAGAUGCUGUGGUCACUAUCGUCCAGUCAGAAGGCAGCUGUUGCGGGCGCUGCAUUCACUGCUUUAGCCAAGUUUGAUGCAGAGGAGUUCACACUCUAUGAUCUUCCUGAAGAGGUCACCUUGCAUGUAAGGGAGAAACUUGCUAAACUCAAGAAUGAUAGGCAGGUAGGGGGAGAGGAGGAGGGGGAGGAUGAUGAUGAAGAUGACAUCGAUGUUCCUGGAAGCUGUUACUUGCAGUUACUGCUUCAUAUUGAUGAAGAGGUCUUGUCUGAAUUUAGAUGUUUUUUAACAUCGAUGAUACAGCGUGAAGUGAAGGAGUUGCCACGGAGUGUGUAUCAUCCAACUCAACUUAGACAGGCUAACAACGAGAAGUCCAUAAGCAAAGCAGUGGCUACUAUUGCUGGUGUCCUCAAGAAUAAAUACGACAGAAACAAACAACCUGGCCUAAAGGCAGGCCUAGCAGGUGGUUUGUUGUGUUGCUUUGAGUCUAUACCUCCAGUCGGGAGAGAGGGCAAAGUAGAAAGACGCCACCUAGCCAGUUCAGGACGAGCUUAUCAGCAAAUGCUGACCACAUUAGUAAACGAGGUAGUUUUGUUUGUUAUGACCAUUAAACAAACACACAAAGAACUUUUUAAACCAGACAAUCUUGGUAGCUUGGCAAAUUCCCUAUUUGAUGGUGACAAGCAAAUGUUAGCUGAUAGAAUAAACCAAUACUUCCACUCCAUAACUGAACUUCAUCAACCAAUAAUGCCUGUACAACCACCAGAAGAGGCUGUACCAGACCAAUUAAUUAUUAGUCCAGAAGCCGUUGAAAUCAAACUUCAUUCCAGAGGAAAUCCUAGUGCCCAGGCAAAUUCCGUUCUUGCCCUAGCAUCUCUAGCCUAUGUUAGCACUAAAUAUGCGAACAGUCUAGGCCCAGAAGGUCAGCACAAUCAAGCUGAUGCCCCUGAACACAUGGGCCAAAACUACUGGCUAGAGACGGUGACAGAAACUGUGCUAUGUAUGGUGAGCAGUAACUACAGACCAAGCAAGCGAGUAUUCACUUGGUGUCAGAGAUCUUCAGCGAAAGGAAGUCAGUUUUCAUCAAGUCCUUUAGUAAAGUCAUGUGCAGCACUUGCUCUUAGUACCUUGGUCCCUGUCCUCACAACAAAUUAUUCAGAGCUCAUUUUCAAGAUGGUGAAAUGUUUAUCUUCAGGGUUGCCUGGGCAGAAUCAGGCAGAUGAGGUACCGAUGGUGUCUCUGCAUAUCAGCUUAGGACUUGGUUGUCUUCUUAAAAUAUUAUAUGAAGAACGUUUCAUAGAUGUUACGGAUCAAGAAGGAAAACUAAUCAUCAUGAAAGCAUUAGAUCAGCUAGAAGAGCUAAGCUUUUUAGAUGAUCAUACUAACGACAGUGCUGGCAUCUACCUAGGCCUUAUGCUGGCCUUGGUAGGGCUGUGCCAUGAUGGCUCCACUGAAACCAGGGUUCAUCUCUCCUCUAUGUUUGGUAAACUCAAGGCCAGGUUAGAAAACAUGGAAAUUAUGGAGAAUUUGAGUCAAGGUUUUCUAAUGUGUAUAAGUUGUGUAACUGCAUCUAUGUUUGCUGCCAAUUUGGUGCCUAAAGAUGUUGUAAUGAAAGUUGUCUCCAGAUUGCAUGAUCUACUGAAGAGCCAACCUGAAUCUUGUUUGUCUGCCUUCAGUUUUGGAUCGUUACUUCACAGCCUACUGAGAGCUGACCAUCCACAAGUUUCUGAAAUUUAUCAUGAAGUGUGCACAUCUUGGUUUGAUAAGUUUGAGCAAAAGACCCUAGGUACAGUUGAGCGUCUAAUGGCUGUGAGUGGACUAACAACAUUAGUAGCUGGACCGGGCACACUUGUGUACAAUGUCUCAGAAGGUUCAUUGACCUCUGACAUGAAUGCUAGAAUGACCAGUCUUGUCAAACAGCUUAUAUUGUUGAUGAAUGACAAUACAGAUAUGACAUUACAAAGUCAGUCAGCCUGGGUGUUAGGAUAUAUUUACAUGGUAACCAUAUCAACAACAUCUAUUGCUUCAGCUUCGACCAGCUAUAGCCAGCUCCCAGAAACAAGUAUGCUUAGAAGUACGAUGGACUUCUUGAUAGAAGCAGGCAAAGUUGGCCCAGAAGGCCUGUCACCAGUUAGACUGGAAGUGGCCAUUCGGGCUCUUUGGGAGGGCUCAGGCACCGUUCUACCCCCUCUUAAUUGGGCUGGAGUAUUAUCCCCGAUUAAGAGACUUAAAUUUGGAAAACCGGUACAUAUCUUGUGCCUGGAGCUAGCCUUGAGAGAGUGCGUUUCUUCACCCAGUGCAACACUCUUCUUAACUGCCUGGACAAGCUCAGCCAUGUUUAACAGCUUGGAGCUUCAAGAGAAAGAAUUACUUUACAAGUCGUUGCCUGUACUAAUGAAAUCCCUGCCGCUAGCAAAGCUGAAAUUCUUCCUAGCAACACACAUCAUUGAACCAUUCAACAAGUUUGGUCCGGAUACCAUUACUGCUUGUGAGGCUGUACUGCAAGGAUUGAAUGCCGCACUAUCUGCCCCUGACCCUCCACAAUCUGUCGUGUACCUGCUUUACCAAGCGGUGGAAAAUAUUUAUUACUUAAUUCCAAGAGAUAUUAAGAAUUACCAGCUUCGUCAGAGUGUUUUGUUGUCGGAAUGUGUAUGUCAACUUCCUGGUGAUGUCAUCGACAGGUUGACCUCUCCUGUACAAGAUGGCAAUUUGAUAAAAUCAGCUUUCAUCAGGUCACAUAUUGUGUCAGAGGGUAAACAAGCCAUUACAUGGCUCAACCCUUGUAUUGAUGUAGCAAUGCACUCUGACCAGGCCGUGAGACAACUGUUAAUAUGGUAUAUUUUAAGCGCCCUCUCUAGGACAGGUUCUAAGAAAAGUGAGCACAUUAGCGUGAUGAGUCACAUGACCUGGCUGUUGGAAUUGAUGGGUCAUAUCCACAACGUGGCACAUGGUCUGAAUCUGCCAGAAAAUACUGUCCAAGACCCACCCAUGUCUGUUCAGUUUUUGAUUGAGGUGUUUGCGGCAGCCGUAACAACUUGGUCUUCGACAAUAAAUUUUACAAGCUUGAGUAUUCCAACGGAGUGUAAUAAUCAAUGUGAUAUAGGUUCAUACAAUGGUUGCUGUGGAAAUGGAACUAUGGAAUUGUUCAUUUGUCAGGCAUUGACCAAUCAGAUUCCAGCAUCACUAGUAACUCUGUUAACACUGAAUCCCUGGAACCAAAUAACUGAUAAGGUGAUAGAUUGGCUGGUGACCUUACUGCUUGAGUCUAGUCACUUGAUGACCCAAAAGGUCAGAAGUAUUCUAAAAGAAUCGGUUUACUCACUGAGACACACUACACCGUUUAAGAAGUUUCCUGUUUGGAGUAAAGCAUGGACAUUGCUUGAUUGAACGAACAGGAAUAGUCGUGUGUAUAUACAUCACCUUAUGAUGUAAUAUGAUAAAUUAUAUUGUUAUGCUCUUGAGAGCAGCAUAGUUCAAUCGGCUGCCGAGAUCAGCAUUGCUGAGUCCACUAAACUGGUGCUAGACACUGUGUGUGUGCUGAACUGUGGAGACACAUUUUAAACUUCUGGUACCCUGUUCAAAUCCAUUUAUUGCAAAGAUCUUAUAAACACAAGAUGGCGUUCUCCGCGAUUUACGCCUAACAAAUAGAAGCGAUUUGGCACGGAAAAGUAAUCACUUUUGAGAGGGCAUCCUAGUCGUUGCCAUGGAUCUGAGAUAGGGUGUUUGUGUUACGCCAAAGUUUGUUAUCAAGUACGUUAAUUGUUCCUUUAAGCUAUGCAAGAUGAACCAAUCAAACGCAUACGUACUUAACCCGAACAACCGUGGUCCUUGCGCGAUGUGAACGCAGCAUUCAAAAAACGUUGCAACUCACAAUUUUUUGUCCUGGCUCCGGACCGGAUCCGGGCUCGGACCGGAUCCGGGCUUAGACCGGAUCCAAGCUUACGUAGCUUAAUGUUCUAAAGAGAGGGCGCAUUGUAAAUUGGAUGCUUCUAAUUGUUACGCAUAAACGUACACCGCACAAAUUUACCUUUACCCGUAACAAUUAGAAGUGUCGAUUUACAAUUAAGGAACAGUAAUGUAAUUGGUAACAAACUUUGGCGUAACAAGAACAGCUUAUCUCAGAUCUAUGGCAACAACUAGGACGCCCUCUGCUAAAACUGAUUACUUUUCUCUGCCAAAUCGACGCUUCUAUUUGUUACGCGUAAAUCACGGAGAACGCUAGCCACUAAUUUCUACUAUAAUAGUAGAGAUCAGUGAACGCUAUCUUGUGUUUAUAAGAUCUUUGGUCAAAGUUCAAAAGUUUUCACUUUUGCAAGAGGGCACCUACACUUCGUUAUUACAGAUUUUGCACGCGGAGACCGCUAUCUUGUGUUUAUAAGAUCUUUGAUUUACUGCUAGCCUGGUGUUUAUUCUGGAGAGCUGAAAUCCAAGAUCAAAAUAGUGCAUCGUCUUGGAUGAGGCGUUUGUAAUGGCCCAUGUGCACGAUAAAGAAUGCAGUACAAAAAGAGUAAGAGAUAUUUUCAGACAGAUCCAACUACAAAUAAGUCUUUGGAUUUCCGUGGGUUAUCCUUGGUCUUCACACUGAAUACAUUCAAUCUGAUCUAAUCCUAAACAUUACAUUUUUUAUGAAUUAAAUAAAGUCAGAAUGAGCAAUGAAUUUUUUUUUCUUUAUAUUUCAUAUCAUAUAUGCUCAUUAUUAUAUUAUUACAGAUAUCUUUAACUUUGCCUUGAAAUAUGUUAAUGCACAUUCAGAUUCAAUCUGUGGUAUUGUGAUUAAUGCGUUUUCCUACGAAUUUUAGACUCUUUGGUUCAAAUCCAGCAAAAAUCUUUUUUUUUCCACAUCUCAAGUUAAUAGAAGUUUAGAUCAUUUGUAUCGUUUAAAUGGUGAACAAUAGCUGUUGGAAGUUAAACAGAUUAAUAAAUUUAAUUUAAACCUAAAUAAUGAAUUAAAUUAAUAAAUAAAAUGUUUAUACUGUUACAUAUUUUUUACAAUGAGGAUGUUGUAAUAAAUAUUUAUUUAUUUAAUUUAUUAUUUCAUUAAUUAAAUUAUUUGUUAUAUCUUUAAUAAAUAAUUAGUAAUAAAUAUGAAGAAUAUUUAUUACAAAGACGAUCUGUGCUCGAUUAGCAUUUAAUGCGAUGAUUUUAAACCAGAUCAGAUCCCUUGUGUUGGAUUUUCUCCUGAAUUACACAUGGUUUUGACCCCCAAGAUUGGAUUUUGCCCUGAGUUGGACACGGCAGUUGGAUUUGUGUUGCACCCCGGUACAUGAAUUUUUCCACCUGGAUCACACUCCCAGUUAUUGUAAUUUAAUUGUGAGUUGUACUCUGGGCCGUGUUUGGACUUUCUCUCUGUAGCCUAGUUGUGUGCAUAUAGAAAAUAAGAAAAAAAAAUGUAUUGAAGCAAAAUUAUUUUUGGGUUUUUCUAAAUCAUCAUUAAUAUCAUCAUCAUCAUCGUCAUCAAUCGUCGUCAUCUUCCAUCGUCAUUCUCAUCUUCAUCCUUAUACUCAUUAUCAACAUCAUCAAUGAUCAUCACCACCAUCGUCAUCCAUCAUCAUCAUCCUCAUUAUCAUCUUCAGAAUCAUCAUUAUCGUCAUUAUUACUACCAACAGUAUUAAUAUCUUUCUUAUUAUCAACAAUUCCAGUGCAAUGCAAAGCAACAAUGACUAUAUCAAUUCCAAACUUGUCAUUUAUACGCUACAACCGGGGGGCUUUUUAGUCCCUGGACUUCUAUUUGACGAUCGCUUUGCUCUCUGAAAGUAUUACUAUUAUAAGACUAAAUAUAGAAACCACCAAAUUAGUCUGCAAAAUAAAACUCUCCUUGUAUCCAGAUUGGAUGCACUUCACUUCAGUCUGCAUUAAUGUGUCUACAACUUAGACCAUGCCACCACUAUAUCAACAAAGUUUUAACGGUUUAAGACACGAAAAGCAUAUUUGAGGAGAAGCACAGAAGCGAUUAAUGAGAUUUUUGAAUAUUUUAAAAGGUUGAAUAUAUAGGGUGGUUACAUCCUCUGUUUACACUUUCUUUCCCUCCCCAGUUUUUAAAUACCUUACUCGCGCGAAUAAGCGCACCGUUUGAAUAAGCGCCCCUUAAUUUUGAACAUGCGCUUGUCAACAAUAUGUGAUUUUUUUUAAAGCAAGCCAAUAAUCCAAUCAUACCUGGUACUGUAGUGGUUGGCGCCAGGAAUUCCCCGUCGAGGGGGUCCACAAACCCUCCCGUUGUUGAAGCCUGCCCCCCCCCCUACCCCCGGUCGGGGAAAAAUUUAAUUUCUCAGGGUAUUUUUUUUAUAAAAAAAUAAUAAAAUUUUGUGUUAAUUAUAGGAUUUUUCAUUUAAAUAUGAUACUUUGAUAGAAAAUCGUGCAAGUUAAGAGUCCCCCUGUCGUGGGUAACCCCCCCCCCCGUCGUGGAAGAGCUGGCGCCACCACUGCAACCCAGACGAUCGUAAUAGUAUGCAGCUCCUCGCACAUAUGGUAUCACUGCUCGCACUGAACUAUUUUUUAAAUCCCGAAAAUCUGACAGAUUAGUAAGCCAUGCUUGAAUUGUACUUUUAGUACUCGAGAUUUGGUUUUUUUCUCGACGACCUUGCUGGAAAUUUCCCGACAGGGGGUUUAAUUAGAGGAUCCCCUUGGACCCCCGCUAGCGCCGCUCCUGUGUGGAGUGGUUUCCUAUAUUUCUUCUUAUGUCAGAUAGCUCCCUGGACAGUAUCUUUCCAACUUUCCUCUUCUUACAUUUGUCUAGCCCUACCUCUCCUUUUCUUUCCCCCACAAUUUGCACCUUUAGCAGGUUCUCAUUUGAGUUUGCAGUUUACCUGCAAUGAUCCUGCUAAUCUCAAUCAUGCUUUUUAGCAUAAUUUAGUUUAGCAUGUAGAUAUUAUAUUUAGAAUAGAUAAGUGAGAGCGCUAAAAUCAAUAGGCCCAUAUGCCUUGAAAUUUUAAAAUUUAGUGCCAAAACUGGAUCCGCCCCUGGGUCUCAAAAAAAAAUUGAAACCCAACAAAAUUGGAUGCCAUGUCAAAAAAAUCCUUGCUCUUAUUAUCUAUUAGUAGGCCACCACUGUUCCCAUCCAAAUUACUCUACCACAUCAUCAAGUCGUUGUUUAUUACUUUUUGCCAAGGCAUUUGUCCUACACAUCGACUACAGAACCCUUUAAUCCUGUGUCAAGUAUGUGCCUGAACAUUUUCGAAAUAAACUGUAGGCCUAUAAAUGGGAAGAGCGAAUAUGAUGUUAUGCCAUGAACCAAAUGUACAGUUGUAAAGGUUUGUGAUGCAAAAAUGAUGAAUUUUGUUGGUGCUUUAUUUGGACUGUAAUCGUAUAUAUAUAAGUGUCACUUUCGGCCAUCUAGAUUUACUGUUCAAUUUUUCGCACCUCACCAUGGUGUUGCUUAGAUACAUUUAGUCACAAAUUCCCCCACCCCCGUAUCCUUACGAAAGGGAAAUGUCUGAAUCUGUAGGCGUAUUUUUUGUUGUUCAGUUUUGUAUCUUAUGUAUUUUAUAUUUUUAUUGUCUCAUUUACAAAAUAGUGGACCUAAUAAUUAACCAUUAACCUAGAAAGAUUGUAAGGAAAUUCGCAGAACACUAUAAUUAUAGAUUUCUAUUGGAUGAACAUAUUGUUUGAUCGUGCUUUUUAUUAAGGUCUGGCUCCGCCGACUAUUUAUUAAACAAGCAACAUAUUGUUUUGAAAAUGUUUUUAUAGUGCUUUUUUAAUAUUUAAGCACAAUCAUUCGAUUACUGGUUCAAUGAGCAUGUUGCUUCAUGAAACUAUCAUUAUUAUUAUAAGAAGAGCAGUAAGGUGAUUAGGUUCAUUUCUCUCCGUGUCUAUAUGCAAUAAUUCAUAUUGUUACAUCGCUUUAGUAGGCAGCAUUUUAUCUUUAAUUAAAUGAGUGUAUAGUACAUAAAUAAUCCAUGUAAAAACAGUCAUUAUUCAUAGAUUCCAGCUCUAUUAUUGGUCCCUAUAUUAAAUAUUUAAUAGCAAAAUAUUAAUGAAAAAAUAAUGAACUGAAAUUGGGUGGACAAGGUUGAUAGGUUGAAUGUAGGAUGACCAUAAUAAGAGGGAAGAUGUAUACAAAAAUAAGAAAGCAUUUCGUCAUUGUUCUUGUUACAUUUCAUAUCCAUAGUAUAUGUAGGCCCUAAAUCAUUUCAAACGAAUCAUUAUAUAAGGUAACAAAUUAAAUCAAAUUCCUCUAUUUUUAUAUUAAUCUAAUUUUAUCUCAAUUUUGUAAAUUUUAAUUGUAAUUUUAAUGUUUUUUCUUAACGAUCUUUUUUAGGAAUCAAUUUUAUCUUUAUUUUGCUUAUUUGACUUGAAUUUUUCAUUGCUCAUGAGCAUGUGGUCCUUUGUGAUUGUUGCAAUUUUUUUCUUUUAAAUGUUUAUAUUGUUAUACCUUUUGCAUGUAUAUAUACUGUGUUGUGCUUUGUUUUGGUAAUGUUGUUGCAAUUCAGUUCAAUACUGCAAUGUCAAUUUUUGUUUUUAAUAAUAAAUGUUUUUUCUUAACGAUCUUUUUUAGGAAUCAAUUUUAUCGUUAUUUUGCUUAUUUGACUUGAAAUUUUCAUUGCUCAUGAGCGUGUGGUCCUUUGUGAUUGUUGCGAUUUUUUUCUUUUAAAUGUUUAUAUUGUUAUACCUUUUGCAUGUAUAUAUACUGUGUUGUGCUUUGUUUUGUUAAUGUUGUUGCAAUUCAGUUCAAUACUACAAUGUCAAUUUUUGUUGAAGGGAUACAAAGACCGUUCAAAAUGUACAUUAUUUUUACAAUUAAAAAAGGAUAUUGAAUCUAAAUCGCUUAAA